AUGCCCAAUCCCCCUCCUGAAAUUCCUUCUGUUGAACCCUUGCAACUUCAAUCGGUUACGCGAGGGAUCAUUGCUGAAACAGAGGAACGAAUUGUCCACCUCGAGGAGAUGGACAGACGUUCGCUAGAAGUUCGUCAAACAAUUCUUCGACGGCUUGAAGAAUACCGUCGCUUUGUAUUCUAUCAAAUAUCUCUCGUGGCCCCCAUUCGUCGGCUCCCCACAGAACUCUUAUCAGAAAUAUUUGCGAUUUACGUCGCAGACGACAUCAAAACCUCCUCUGGCAUGUUACGUCGACAAUGGAGUCUAGCGCAAGUCUGUCGCCGCUGGCGCCACGUCGUAUUGAAUACUCCCCGUCUCUGGAACCGUCCCCCACGUAUCUAUGCUGGGAUGACCCAUGAAGUCGACCCUUCCUCAGUGAAAACACAUUUCGCGCGGGCGGGUGGGCUGCCCCUCUCAAUCGACGUUUCCAUCAACCUAGGCGCAUGCGCGAAGCCGAGUCGGCUGCUAGCUACACUUAUCAAUAACACCUCAGUAUUUUCCCUUGCUCCUCAGCUUCGUGGCGUUUCUUUUAUGUCGAAGCGCGUCUUAUGCGGCGACCAGUUUUCUAGGCUAGUUUUGCCGUGGAGCCAACUCAAAACAAUUACCAUCAAUCUGCCCAACCUUGAUUAUGCCUGGAAAGUCUUCUCAAAUGCUCCGCACAUGGAAACGUGUACUUUUACUAAAAUUGUGAACAACGGGACGCCCCAUGGAAUUGUUCGACAUAUGGAUUUACAACAGCUACUUCUCAAAGGGUGUCAAGACGGCCCAGCCUUUCCCAUAGCGCUUUUCGACACUCUCGUCCUCCCGAAUCUCAUCAACCUUCUCAUCGAGUUUGACAAUCUUACGAUAGACCCAAUAACCUCGUUGAUAACGAGAUCAGGGUGCAGUCUAAGCAAGCUCAUAUUAAACUGUCCGAUCGUCAGGGGCUCGCUACUAAAAUUGCUGGAAGAGACUGCCUCACUUAUCCAUUUGGAAGUCCACGCCCUCUCGCAGGCCGAUAUCAAAGGUCUCACUGUUAGUAAGAAGAACGGGAAUCAGCCCAUAACUCCCUCCCUGAGUGAAAUUCAUAUCGCGAACGUUAAUGCAAUCACCGGCCCCUCGUCAAUCAACACAUUAAUUCGUUCCCGAGCCCGAGUUAACCCAAAGAUUUCCGAUGUCAAGCCAAUUCAAAGGAUACAUCUAUACUUCAAGAGUGACCAUCUUUCUCAGGAAAUGUAUGGCCGCUUUACCGGUUUGCCGUGGAUGCCUUACAGUGAGCCUGAAUCCGCCGACGGUACAGUUGAAUGGGCCAAGUCCCUCCGCGAGAUUAUUGCUCGACUCAGACCGCCGCCUCCACACCAAGAUUGGUUUUCCUUAUGGGACAUCCUUACCGAAAUGGAGCAUUGGGAAGCAAUUAAACAACCAUAUCUCGCAAUGGUUGAACAACCUGAUACUUACGAUACUAUGCAUCGGAUACGAAUAAGACAUUUUGUAAAAAUGAUUGUGAACAACAGGAAUGUCGCCAGUCAAAAUAUCAAUGAUGCUGAAAGUUCCACGUUUACUAAACGAAGGGUCAUAGUUCUCAUUUCCCAGUCAACACCCAACGGAACCUCCAACGCAACCUCGUCCUCCAAAGUCGUCAAAAGAGUGGCGCUCGAUGGUGGGAUUUCCCAUGAUGGUCAUGAUGCUCGUCGUGCUGCUUUCCAUCCUUUACCACGUCACGUCUUCUCCUUGAAGCGUUGCGUAGUCCGUUAUGUCUACGUCUCCAUUGUGGUGCUGGACAGUGUUGUUAUCCCCAUGAGAGGAUCCUAG